AACAGUGGAGACCGGCCGGAGGUUGACGGCGUUAGUUACGGGGACGGUUGUGUUUUUCGUUUGUUCGUCCGAGAUAAUACCUAUACGACAUGGGUCUGGGGUGUUGGGACACGAAAAAGAGGGAAGCGUUUGUGGAGAGUUUUGAAUCCGGAGGAACUGAUGCACCGUGACGACAUCGGGCAUCAAGUACAAAGGAGGACGAACCAGACGACGUUUUCCCCUGAACCUCUUGAACCCCUUGAACCACUUAAACACCUUGCCCUAUACAGCUAUUCUAUACAUCCCACUACAUUACACGCACGACACUUCCAAUACUCAAGAUGCCCUCCUACGAUAUCGCCCAGUACCUGCUCGACAGAGCGAAUAUCCACGACACAGUGACCAGAGUGCCCCUCUACUACGACACCGGCGACAUCACCGGCCUGCUCAACCACGUCUACGGCGAGACCAUCGAGAUCGACUACAGCUCCAUCACGGGCGGCAGCCCCUUCACCACCUCGCGGGCCGACUGGACCGCCCGCGUAGGCGGCCUGUUGGACGUCUACACCUCCACGCAGCACGUCACGUCAGGCAUCAUCGCCCACCUGCCGCAGCCCGGUGCGGAUGUGGUCCGGCCGGAGAAGGUGGCCGUGCAAGCGCAAGUGUCGGGGAAUAUGGUGGGGAAGGCUCAGGAUGGUGGCAGCGCGGGGGUGCCGUUUACGCAGAACGGGGGUCUUCUCGAAGCCGAGCUCCAAUGGGAUGCGGCACUCGAGGCACAGGGGCAGAAUCCUUGGCGGAUUACCAAGUAUAAGGUGGUUAAGAAGUGGGACAGGCGCGAGCAGGUCGGUUCUGGUUCCUCGUCGGAUAAGUAAGUAGGUAGGCGGUUGUGAGUG